AUGAGGUCGGCUACUAGGUCGGCGUUGACGCUCCUGGCCGCCGUCGUGGUGCUUGGCAGCCUCCCGGCUGCCCUUGCGCAUGGGGAUGAACAUGAGUCCAUGAAUAUGGACGGAGACAUGGCCAUGGGUACCGAGGAGCCCAAGCCAGAUGCUGGUUCUUAUCCUCCAACUUACUUCACACACCCUGAGCAUCGGGGCACCAUUUACGCACAUAUCGCUUUGAUGGUACUCGGCUGGGUGUUCAUGCUGCCCACAGGUGUGAUGCUAUCGUUGGCAAAGUCACGUUACACGCUGGUGGUCCAGUUUGUGUUCCUGGCUACCAAUGCGCUGGCCGUUCUCCUGGGUAUCACCUACAACGCCAACACCCCAGACUUGUACCCAAAUAACGCUCAUCACAAGAUUGGCUGGAUCGCCACGUGGGUUGUGUCCGCCCAGGUCUUCAUCAGUCUCGUUGGCCGCGUGGCAGGAGUUAUUACGCGAAAGCAGUCGCAGCAGCAGCACAGCAAGGUGGAAGGCCAGGCUUUUAUUCCCAUGUCGAUGGAAAACAUGGCCGAGCAUCAGCGAAUGACGGAUGCUACGUAUAUGCCCAAGUACCGGCAUUCCAACGACAGUGGUCAAGGCACCGAACCGAACACUGAAUCCUUGAGAAGCAACUCGCUCUCGGCAUCUGGUCAACAAUCACCAGAUCCGCUGGAGGACCGACGGAUGGACUAUGAUGAGGACGAUGAGGAUCUCGAGUUUAAGGCUGCUGAGCUGAGCCCACCCAAAUCGCAGGCGAGCUCAUUCAUCGCCAAGAUAGCUGGCUUGGUCUCUAGUCGAGUCUGGAAAGUCCUCAUAUUUGGCUACAAUGCCGUCGACAGAACGAUUCUCAUUCUAGGAUAUAUCACUCUAGCCACAGGUGUUAUUACUUGGGCUCGUUUCUUCGAGGGACACGCAGUCUUCAGUGGUCUCGCUCACUGGAUCAAAGGCAGCGUCUUCUUCUGGUACGGCAUCUUGACGCUCGGACGGUGGUCUGGAAGCUUUGGUGAUCUUGGCUGGGACAAGGCAUGGAACGUGAGGCCUAAGCAGUCUUCAAAGCGGUGGAGGCCUUCGGCUGAAUUUGUUGAAGGCGCUCUGAUCUUCAUCUACGGCUCAACCAAUAUCUUCCUGGAGCAUCUCGGCAACGCCGAUAUUGGCAACACUGAAUUUAGCGCUCAGGACCUGGAACAUCUCUCUAUUACCGUCCUGUUCAUCGGAGGCGGCCUGUUGGCCAUGCUUAUCGAGUCUACAAACAUUCGAGACCUUUUGAACACAACUGUUUCCGAGGCUGCGCUCUCGCAUGCCGACCAUACAUACAACGACGAAGAACGGGAUGCUCUUCAGCCACCCAAGCAGUAUGAGUUCUCGAUCAACCCCAUUCCCGCGUUGGUCAUUCUGCUCCUGGGAAUCAUGAUGAGCUCUCAUACCCAGCAAUCCAUGAUUUCAAGCAUGGUCCACAAGCAAUGGGGCAAUCUGCUCACCGGUGCUUCUUUCGCUCGUGGCUUCACCUAUGUGCUGCUCUAUCUUCGCCCGCCUCGUUCCGUCAUGCCGUCCCGCCCUCCCACGGAGCUGCUCACUUCGUUCGGACUCAUAGCAGGUGGCAUUAUAUUUUGCGCAAGCAGCUCGGACACCAUCGAUGGCAUGGUUCACUACGACCUGGACGCAAUGUUUUUCUACACGGUAACAAUGGGUUUCGUCGGCCUCUUGAUGGCCUGGGUUGUGCUCGUUCUGGCCCUGAAGGGCUGGGCAGUGCGCAAGGAAACUGGCAGUCAACGAGGCGCCUGGCAUGCAUCGGCACGAGUUUAA